AGGCAGGGAAAUGGCGAGUUUGAAUCACUAGAUAUCACUCCUCUGUCAUCACCACCAGAACUGCCAGAAGUGAUGAAGCCCCAGGAACCCCAGGUUCAUGAACUCAACUGAGUCUUAUACCCCUGUUGAGGAUUUUACCUUAUUCCCUCUGUUAUUAGUUUCCAAGUGUACUGAACAAGACCUGUUAGUUUGAGAUGCAAUUUAGUAAGGUUCCCUGAAACUACUCAAUUUUUAAAUUGGUUCCAGUGCAUGCAUUUUAUUACUAAAGUUUGUAUACCUCAGUGUCAUUUUGCUGGGAUGUGUAUUCUAAUAUUUUGUUUUCAGAGUAUUUAAUUUAAUGUUUACUUUGUUAAAGGAAUAGGUUUUUAGUCCAAAUAUAUGCAAAUAUUGAAAUCCCAUUUGGGUGACUAAUGUUUCUAACAUCAUUGAAGGUACGGUAUUAUACACUGAACAUAUUUUUUUUUCACAUGUAUCCUCUAAGCUGUUUUCAGAUUCUCAUUAGUAUGUCAUAUAUACAACCCACAGCAGUCAUUGUUGUAUAGCAAACCCUUAUUUGGGAGGAUCAACAGGGGAAAAUACUUUGGUGUAAUUUUUUUUGGCUUUUAUUACAGGUAGGUGGGGUUAUUUUUGUCAUUAGUUUAUAUUUGUUUAUAAUAGUAUGUGGAAGAUUUUAUUUCACUUUUCCACUACUUGAACAAAUGUUGCAGUUAACUUUUUUAGAAUACAUAUGAAAUAAGAUUCCCAGAAGAUGGAUGUGAAACAAAUACAGGUAUGUAGAUUUCCAAACAUGUUGAAGAAUAUUUGGUUCAACUAGUAAAGUUUAUUCAGUACACAAAAUAACGUUCUAGGUAAGGGUUGUGUUUUGUCUGGAGCUUUUCAUUGUAAACUAUGUAAAGUAAAAGGACACAAGUACAACUAAUGUGACAUUUUAUUGUGGCAACAUUUCGCUCUCCAGGAGCUUUGUCAAGCCGUUACAAACAAUACAUGGACACAAAGGGUAUAUAUGUAGGCUUAGAGGUGUAAUACUAGUGGUGGUGGUAGUAGUAGUGAUAUAAGUUGCAGUAGUAGUAAUACGAUAUGGUAGAACAAUUAACUUGCACAUGAGUAAAAGGAUAUAAAAGCUAUUACUUGGUUAGCAUAAAAAUAAGUUAGACAAAUAUGUAUUUCUAUUGGAGGUUGGAUUAGAGGCAGUCUGUUUCAGUGUUCAUCCUCUGUAAUGUGCUUGUGUAGUAUUAGCAGGAGAGACUACGUGAUGGCAGGGUUUACUGUUUUCAGGAGGACUCUUGCUAAGACUUCAGAGACGAUGAAGCUGCCUUUAUUUUGUUUAAUUGUAUUAGAAACAGCGAUUAGUGUUGAUUCAAGGCAGUGCGUCUGCGGAAAUUAGUUUCUUUAAUCAUUAACCCUUUCAGGGUCCGUCCCGUAGAUCUACGGCUUUACGGUGAGUGUCCAAACCGUAGAUCUACGCCAUGAGCUCAGCUCACUCUGAUAAACUGUGAGUGGUACAUUUGGGCCUAGAUAUGAGAGAAUACAUCUAUGUGGUAUGUGUGCACCACAUAAAACAGAUCCUGCAGAACACUGUGUAUAAUGAGAGAAAAAAACUGAAAUCAUGAUUUUUCGAUUAAAACAGCAACUUUGCAGUGUUUUUUCGUAUGUUUUUUAUAGUU